AUGAGGAGAUUGGUUCUGCUUUUCGCUCUCAUUGGAGCUGUGCACUCAGUGGUUUCACAAGAUAUAUAUCAUAAAAUUGCUGUUCAAACUGGGUCUGCUUGCUAUCGUUUGUUGAACGGUACUCAUCAGUUUGGAUGUCACACAACGAAGCAAGACGGUAGCGGUGUUGUUAUUGUUCUUAAGACAGAUGAAGAUGUAUCAAAAAUUAAAACUUGCUGGAGAGAUCGAUUCCCAGAAUACGAUGGUUCCUUCUAUAUUAUGAUAGAUCUAUUUCUUUUCGACAGGACAACCAUCGAGGUGUUACGGCGAACAGAUUGUGUUAAAGGAAUAAUUUUGACGAAAAAGGAAGAUCUACCCAUAGAUUCUCAAGUUCAUAACUCCCACGAUAGUAUUUGUCCAAACGAACAGACUAGUUUUUAUAAGGAUGGUUGUGAGAAAAACGUAUGGAAUGAAGCGGCUGUGAUUCCUCAAGGAUUACGAUAUUUGGACUGGGACAAGCAAAUUUUGUUCUUAUCAAACAGCACUGAUAUUGCUUCGAUUGAAAAGUGUUAUGAUUUGUUCAACAAGCCAAAUGAUUCUUCAACCACAUCUUUCCCCCUAUGUGCUGUUUCUUUCUCUCUACGUAAUAUGGCCGCCGGAUCGUCUGAGAUUUGCUAUAGAAGAAGUCAGCCUAAUUCACGCGUUUUGGAUUUGAAUAUCGACGAUAGAUCUGGGUUGUGUCAUAGCUUGAGUGGAAGAAGUAUCGUAGCAUUGCUGCCGCCCAAUAAAAGAACGAUUGAACAGAACCAAUCUAAUAGUCACUACCUUCUACUUGCUGCGAGACUGGACAGUUUUGGUUUAAUACCUGAAGUUUCUUUUGGUGACAUUUCUGUUGUUACAUCUCUGAUUACUAUGCUAGCUAUAGCCAAAGGAAUUGGAGAUAACUACGAGAGUUUUGAAAGCGCCAGUUCUAAUUCUAACAAGUAUUUGCUUUAUUCGUUGUUCAAUGGGGAAGCGUUCGACUACAUAGGGAGUAGCCACAUGUUCUUCGAUAUUGAAAACAACCGUUUUCCUCACGAUGACGAUAAAAACGCCUUGUUUGAGCAGGUUUCCCCGGAAAGCAUAGUUGCUGUGAUUGAGCCUCAGCAUAUGGGAUCUGGCCAUGAGUUGAAUAUUAUAGCGGAUAGCAAUCAGUUGAAAUCAGAAAUGGUAAAAACUAUUGUAAAAUCUCUGAGACGAGGAGCACGUGCUCGGAAUACUACUAUCAACCCUCCUGUUCAAAAUUCUCGAAUGCCACCUUCAUCAUGGCACCCGCUCAAAAAGAUUAACCCAAAAGCUGUUGGGGUUGUGUUAGCUCCUUUCACGACCGGAUAUCAAUACUCACGGAUAAACAGUAUGCUCGAUACUAACACUUGGACUAAGGAGCAAACUCAUAGUGCAAUGGAACAAAUUGCAGUAGCUGCUUCCUCUAUAUUAAGAGCUGCAGCUGAUUUUGUCGGUUUAAAUGAGUCUGCUAAGAGUUCAUUGACUGUUGAUGAUAAUUUCAUAUCAACCAUCUUCAACUGCUUCGUUCCUUUCAAUAAUACGUUCAACUGUCAAUUUUUGGAUACCCUCAGAGGCAACAAGUUUAUAACAAAUUUCAAUAUUAAAAGUACCUAUAUUGGAGUAGGAGAUGCGAAUAUCUUGCAAACGUUUUCUCACUCUUUACUAAUGUAUGCUUCUGGUACGACUGCUCAUACACGAAACGUGAAAGAUGCAAAGCAGUGUUCAGACCUCGCCAGAGUACAAAAGUUUUAUAACUUCCAAUGGAUGACUGAUCCUUUAACGGAUACAGGCCAUUGUUAUCGUCAUAGUGUUUAUCUUGAUGAGGCCAUAUCUCCAGCAUUUUUAAUAGAAGGCUAUGAUUUUAAAAACUCAACUUACUCUACUUGGACGGAAUCUGUUUAUGAGUUGGAUGAUCUAAGACUGUUUUUAGUACAAAAAAAAUCGUUUGAGAUGUAUCUGUUCAUAACUGGCUGUAUCAUUACCUUCCUAUCCAUAAUUAUUGCUGGCCGAUGCACAGAAGAUACAUUCAUUAUUGAUGAAGGAGAUCUCAGAGCAGAGCAAGGAGAGCCUCUUUAA